AUGCCAUCAACGACACAGAGGAAAACGGCGGCGAUCGUGGUGAUUGGUGAUGAGAUUCUGAAGGGAACGACGAGAGACACAAAUUCACAUUUUCUGUGUAAACGACUGCAUAAAUUGGGUGUUAAUAUUAAAAAAAUUUCCGUCGUUGGCGACGACAUUUCCGAAAUCUCGCGAGAAGUGCACACAGCAUCCGGCGCGUACGACUAUGUGAUCACUUCUGGAGGUGUCGGACCGACUCAUGACGACAAAACGUACUUGGGUCUCGCCCACGCGUUCACAGAUCAACUACACUUUUCGAAUGAGAUUCGAGAGGCGGUCGAUCGAUUUCUACCAUCAUAUAUUGAUAAGAAAAAGGCGGAAGGCGUUGGUGAGGGGAUUGAAGAGGUUGUGAGAAUGGUGACGGAAAAGUUGUGUACGAUUCCAAAAAUGUCGCAACUUCUGUGGGGAACCCAAAAAGUCGACGGACGCAUCAGCACAUUUCCCGUCGUCCGUGUCGCCAAUGUCGUCGCUUUGCCGGGUGUCCCGAAGUUUUGUGAGCGAGCAUUCGACGAGUUACAGGAUCAACUGUUCCCUGUCGAAGAGAGACAAUCGAUGUAUUUCGAUACAAUUUAUACGGAUUUGGAUGAAUUCGAUUUCUCGAAAAGAUUGACUGAUUUGGCGACGAGAUUUGAGGAGAGAAGUGUACAAAUUGGAAGUUAUCCAGAGCUGAAAAAUAAGUUCUUCAAAACGAAGUUAACAAUUGAAUCAGAGUCAUCUGAAUCUAUGAAAGACGUGCUCGCGGCUCUCCGUGAGCUUCUCAUCGGACACGUUGUAUACUAUGAUACGCACGCAUGGACAGAUACAGUAACCAAAUGGAAAUCAUUCAAAUCUCGAAAAACUGAUGAAAAUCAUAUGGAAUUCGUUCGAAAACUGGAGGAAGCCGAGAAGAUUGUCGAGGAAAUUGUGGAGAAAUAUCCGUUGGAACAGAUUGCGCUCUCGUUUAAUGGAGGCAAAGAUUGCACUGUUUUGCUGCAUUUAUUGAGACUGAAAGUUGAUGAAAAAUACGGUCCAUCGACACCGAUUCAAGGAUUCCAUAUCAUGGUGGAGGAUCAAUUUCCAGAAGCCACUCAAUUCAUUAUUGAUGCAGCUAAAUUCUACAACAUCCAAGUACUCGAAUUUCCGGGUCCCUUGAAAACCGGACUCGCCGCGCUGAAAAAACAACGACCCUCCAUUAUUCCGGUGCUAAUGGGAAGUCGAGCGACGGAUCCGAAUGGAAAAUAUAUGAAAACUCCAGUCGAAUGGACGGAUUCCGAUUGGCCGAAAGUGUUGAGAGUGUGUCCGAUUCUCAAUUGGACGUAUACUGAUGUAUGGCAUAUGCUUCGAGGAUUGUGUAUACCUUAUUGCAAACUUUAUGAUCAGGGAUACACAUCGCUUGGCGGACGCGACAACACAGUCAAACACCCGGCACUUCGAAUCGUUUCAUCCGAUGGAAAAGAGCAUUAUCUGCCUGCGUACAAACUACAUGACGAUGCAGAGGAACGAUGCAAUAGAUCUAAUUUAUAG